AUGAGUGCUUCAACUGCUAUUCCAAUGACCACAGUUUCUACUCCAACUAACAUUGAUGUUUUUCAAAAUGAGAGUACUAUAAAUUUACCUAAACGAUGGAGAGAUAAACGUGCUCCGGUUCAUCAUUAUCAUCAACAUGUUAGAGGAUCCCAUAGAUCCUGUGAUAAAAGGAAAUUAAGAGAAAAAAGGAGAUCUUAUGUUAAUACAGCUGUAAUUAGUACUGAUGGUACUACAAGUGGAGAUGAUGGUAAAAAUGUUAUUCUUGAAAUUCAUAGUCCUAUUCAAAUACCUGUUAAAAAUCAUUCAUUUUUAAAUACAAGAAGACGUGAAAAUUUAACUUCUGAUUUAGAAGCUGAUUGUGAAGAUAACAACAGCACUGAUGCUGAUGCAUUAUCACAAACUGGUAGUUUCAGAGAAAUAACUUCAAAAAUAAUUUUUGAUGAAAAAAAUAAAAUAGUUAAAGAGAUUACUAGUAAUGAAGUCCCAAACAAUGAAGAAAUUGUCAAUCCUACGGAUAAUAUACAAAUUUUAAAUGAAAAAAUAAAAGAUUUAGAACUUCAACUUGAAUCUGUUCUUAAACACAAUAUUAUGUUAAAAGAAGAAAAUGAAAUUUUAAAAAAAAGAAAACACAAGUCAUAA